AUGGCAGCCUUCUUCGAACAGCUAUGGGAGUCCAUCUUCAUCGCGGGGCCGACGCCUACCCUCCUUAUCGCAACAAACGCCUCGUUCGCUGCGCUCCAGGUCCUGCUGUUCGUCAUGCUCAUCGCGACGUACAGCAUACACUUCGUCAUUCUCUCCCUUCUAUGCGGAGGUCUCUGGUGGUCGAUAAACUGGUUUGCGACGGAGCUCAAGGCUGCGCAGGCGAAGGAGGAGGAAGCAAAGCGUAUCCGAGAAGCUAGAAGGGGCGGAAAAGAGAAGGGUGGUGCAGGCGACGACGGAGACGGCAUGGACACAGGCGACGAUACCGAGGUGGAUACCGAGGUCGAGCAAACGCAAACUAUCAAGCCCAAGUCGAGCCAGCCUCGUGCGCCCCGCCCCGAGACACAGAGCACGGUGUUUGUGGAGAGACCGGGUGGAAGUGAGACAGAGAACCCAACACAGGCUGCUGCUUCUGUCGGCAGCGGAGGCCCUACUAUUGCGAGUACUACGGGGGCGGCGACGAGUCUUGCAGCACCGGUAGACGAAGCGCUGAAGAGAAGGAAGGGCAUGGGCGAAUCAACAGGUGAUCUAUCUACCGACAGCGAAUGGGACAAGCUAUCGGAGGACUCAGAGGACAAGUGA